AUGGAAUAUGUACCCCAAAACUCCCAAACCUCCCAAACCUCUCUUCAAAGAAGAAAGUGGUCAACCAAAGAACACAUUGUGCUCAUCAGCGCUUGGUUGAACACCAGCAAGGAUGCCAUCGUGAGUACUGACCAGAAGGCCGGAGCGUUUUGGAAGCGAAUAGUUGACUACGUCAACGCAAGCCCUCUGCUCAGUGGCGCCGUUCCUAGAGAGUGGAGUCAGUGUAAGCAGAGGUGGGGAAGAAUCAACGAGCAGGUGUGCAAGUUUGUGGGCUGCUAUGAAGCGGCUGUGAGGGAGCAAGCGAGUGGCCAAAACGAGAAUGAUGUCAUGAAGGCUGCCCAUGACAUCUUCUUGAAUGAUCUUGGCAUCAAGUUCACGCUUGAACAUUGUUGGAGGGAACUUCGGUUCGAUCAGAAAUGGAAAUCACUCGCUGUGCCCAAAGAAGGUCCCAAGGAGAAAAGGAAGGAAGCUGCGGAGGUGGUGGCUGAGGAGGAAGGUGCGGAUGUUCGGCCUCCUGGUGUCAAGGCUUGCAAAGCAGCCAAACGCAAGAGGCAGGGUUAUGAUGAGAUACAUAGCAUGCUUGCUGUGAAAAAGGAGAUACAGCAACAGAAACUCCUAGAGCGUCUCCUUGCCAAAGACCCUACCCAUCUAUCUGCAAACGAAAUCACCCUCAUGGACAAACUCAUUUCUGAAAUGAUUUGA